AUGGAUACUAGUGAUUUCCACACAGUCUUGAAACGACUUCAAGAUUAUGACCUAGUAUUGCUCGAUCGGACCAGUUUGGAUGUUUUGGGUUCUACCCUCAUUGCAUUGGGGCAGAAAAACUUGAAGCCGUUUGACUCCUUCCAGUUGCAUUCAGAUACCACUUCCACACAAAAGGUAGCAUUCCUCCUUUUCUGCCCUCUCUCCGUACGAGUUCUCGAACACUUGUGCCAAAUAUGCAGCGUGUAUCUCCAACUUACAUGUGCCAAUGUUUUUACACCCUACGUAGCCAGUGCAGUUACGCAACACCUAGACCAGUUCGUUGAACAACCGGACUAUCCAGUCGGAGCACUGAAAUACAUCUCAAAGAAGUUUGGUGCUAUUCAUCUGAAGUUCGAACACAUUCCUUUCUUCUCACGGCUCACAUUUUAUCCGGAUCUGAUCAGCCUACCGAAGUUUCAUGAGUUUGGUGAGGAAACAGAACCCUUGCAAGGAGCCUUCCACGAUCUGAAUACUCUGUUAUGGUCGAUAAAGGCUUUGGAAGAAGUCUAUUCACUUGGACCCAACGCGGAGCGUAUCGCAUCCGAAUUUGCCUCUGAAUUCGCGCCGGCAUUAGAAAGGAAAAAGCACCUACACUCAUUCGGAGGCUCUUGUUCAGUUUCCGUUAUUUUUAUCAAUGAUUUAACCGUCUGUGACCCAGUAGCCUGCAUCGGACCGUACAUCAAACCUGGUCAUCUGCUGGAUUUGGUAUUCACCGAGCUUUCGCCUGAUGGCCACUCAGUCAAAGUGUGUUGGGACACACUGAUGAAUCAUACUACACAGGAUGACAGUUGUGACUUGAACGAUGAUGACAAACUAGAACCAUUCUGCACCGAUCUCUUGCAAACGGAAUUCCUGGGCACACACCAUUGGCUUUCACAGCAGCUUACUUUGAAGGAGCAGGAUGCAAUGAAGGCCCUACACAACACUCUCAUGGACAUAGCGGAACGAGUGCAUCACGAUUUACCAGAGUUCUCGAAAGCUCCGCAAACUAGAGCGCAGUGGGCCACACUGUUCCAUCAACAUGUCAAGGACCUAAUUGGCCCAGUUUGUCAAUCAGACCAUUUGAAUAUGCUUGAUGCUCUCCAACUGGUCAUGGCCAGCAGCACUGCCUUAUCUGCAUUUUCCAAGCGUGUUCAUUGUGAACCGGAUUCCGAUAAGGAUGAGGCUCCACUGUCAAACGUAAAUUUAGAGAAGCUACUGUCCCGUUUCGAACGUUCUCUCUUGGUGGCUAGUCAGCUAGAUGCCAAAGCGAUUGCCCAGCUGAGUGAACCGGACAAAUGCGAGCCGGUUCUUUUGAACGCCUUGCGUGAAGCAAAGAUACUGACGUACCUUGAUGACAGGUUCCUCUUCGUCGUGUACCUGAUGAGCCUUAUGCCUGUUCAAGUUCGGGUGUCUCCAGUCGUCUGGGAACUUGUUGAGGACCUUUUCAACACAGGGCAGCGUAUUCGGAAGAUUAGUCCGGGUGUUAGAGGUAACCUCAUCCCCACUUUUAUGACCACCAGAAGGCUGAUAUCAAAUUUAAUCAACUUGUGGGAACAACGUCGUUCACUGCCGAGCUAUAAUAACGUGUGGACAAAUCAACCGCGAUAUCGCUCCCCACUGGCCCAACUUAUGAAAGACUUGUUGGGAGCUCGAACAAACCCAAACGAGCCGAGCCCAGCGCUCAAAGGCCUCAAGCAUCACACAGCCGCCUCAGGUUCAGCCAAGUGGCUCACCGGCCUUAGUCGAUAUAUCCGGAUCGCCGGUUCGACUGCACAAGAAUCCUUACCGUACACGACUGACUAUGUCAUUUUGGUAAUGUUGGGAAGCGUUCCGUUUGCUCUGAUCCGUGAUCUUAUGGAAGUUGUGAAGUCACAAAAUUCUGGUUCACCCCUCAAGUUGAAAAUAAUGGCCAAUCGAUUCACCGGUGGCCUCGCAGGAUUGUCGGGGUUUUUCUCAAUUUGAUUGCAGUGUCAUUAUUAAUCGGACGUCUUUCAUUCUUGCAAGAUAAAUAUUACCGUGCGGAUAAAUUUAU